CAGGACACCUAGUGACUUCUAGAGAUGGACCUGGGCAGGAGGAACCCCCAAGCCAAUGCACUCACACUUUGUUUUUCCCCCCACACCAGGAUUUCUCCUUCCCAAACCUUGGCCAGAUAGAGGAGGAGGCUGCAAGGAAGAGGAAGAUGCCCCGGGACCCCCAGGCAGGCCCCGAGCUGAGGACGGAGAGCACGGAGGACAAAUCCCCCCAGCAGAGCCUGGUGGGAGAGGCCGUUUUGAAGGGCUCCACGGUACAGGAAGGUAGUGGGGAGGGAAAGCCACGAAGGUACCCCAGGAGGAGGGGCUCCAAAGCCAGCCCAGGGUGCUCUGAGGAGGAAAGACCCACCCUGUGCCGGGAAGGCGACCGGAGCUUGAGCCAGAGCUGCGACCAGGAGGUCCAUGAGCAGCCUCCCACUAGGAAGAAUCCCUACAAAUGCUUGGAAUGUGGCAAGACCUACAGCCGGAGCUCCAUGCUCCUCACCCACUGGCACACCCACACGGGGGAAGAGCCCUACAUGUGUGGGGAAUGUGGGAAGAGCUUCAGUCACAGGUCCAGCCUGAUCCGCCACCGGAACAUCCACACCCGAGAGCAUCUGUACACAUGCUUGGAAUGUGGGCAGAUCUUCAGCCGGAGAUCCCACCUGAUUGGGCACCAGAUCAUCCACACUGGUGAACGGCCCCACAAGUGCUUGGAAUGUGGGAAGAGCUUCAGGCGGAGCUCUCACCUGAUUGGCCACCAGCGCAGCCACACGGGGGAACGGCCCCACAAGUGCUUGGAAUGUGGGAAGAGCUUCAGCGACAGCUCCACCCUCCACAACCACCAACGCAUCCACACCGGGGAACGGCCCUACAAGUGCUUGGAAUGUGGGAAGAGCUUCAGCUGCAUCUCCCACUUGAUCUUGCACCAGAAGACUCACACUGGGGAACGACCCUACAAGUGCUUGGAAUGUGGGAAGAGGUUUCUGACCAGCUCACAUCUCCUCAGGCAUCAGCAAAUGCACAGAGAGGAGAGGCCCUUCCACUGCACCGACUGUGGGAAGAGCUUCAAGGACAACUCCAUGCUCAUCACCCACCAACGCAUCCACACCGGGGAGAGGCCCUACCAGUGUGAGGAGUGUGGGAAGAGUUUCAUCUGCAGCUCCCACCUUGUCAGGCACCGGCGCAUCCACAGCGGGGAGAGGCCCUACAAGUGUGACGAGUGUGGGAAGAGCUUCACUCAGAGCUCUAACUUGACCACACACCAACGGACCCACCAGUAAGAGAAGCCCUGUGAGCACCUCGACUGCAGGAAGAGCUUCAUCUGCUGCUCCAACUCCAUCACCCAUUGGAGAACCCAUGCUGGAUGAUCCACAGUGACC